CAUAACCAGUUGCUGGUUUGUAUCAAGACUGUACGCACUGCGAUUGAAUUUGGAAGAGAGAGGAGAGAGAUACUUGAAGGUGAAUACACACCACUGUGUUUCCAUUGGAGCUAGCUAGCCCAUUUCACUGUCCUCCUGUUAGCUAUCCGUGUGGUAAGAAAGUCCAGGCAAACAUGGAUAACCUGGAAGAAGAUCUUACAUGUUCAGUGUGCUACUCGCUGUUCGAUGACCCCCGCGUGCUGCCGUGUUCCCACACUUUCUGCAAAGGUUGCUUAGAAAAUGUUCUUCAUGUAUCCAUCAACUUCUCAAUAUGGAGGCCCCUAAGAAUUCCACUCAAGUGUCCGAACUGCAGAAACACUGUGGAGCUCCCUCCAACAGGAGUUGAUUCCUUGCCAGUAAAUGUGUCCCUGAGGGCCAUUGUAGAAAAAUAUCAAAGAAACGAUCAAUGGAAAUCGGCUUUGUGUCUGGAACACCAAGGACAGCCAUUGAAUGUCUAUUGUCUGAGGGAUCGUCAACUGAUUUGUGGAUUGUGCCUGACUUUAGGCCAGCACCAGGGGCACCCUAUAGAUGACCUGCAUACUGCCUAUAUCAAAGAAAGGGAGACUCCAGGGAGGCUUUUGGAGAAGCUGACUGAUAAACGCGGGGCUGAAGUGUGCCUUCUGGUGGAAAGGCUGGAGGAACAAAAAGUCAGAUGCGAGAACACAAUAAAGCAUGAUAAGGAGGCUGUUGUGCAGUACUUUGAAAAGAUUCAUCAGAUUCUGGAAAGGAAGAAACAGGCUUUCCUAGCUGUACUGGAGGAGGCCAAUGCUGAAGUUUCAAGUGAGUUUGACCCACUCAUUGAAAAGCUCAACGAUAUCAAGGAAGAACAUCUGGAUCUCAUUUCAUGUAGCACAGCUGUUGAAGAAGAGGAGUCCCCCUUGGCAUUUCUUGAGAAAAUUCAUACGUUUCGAGGAAGAGUUGCGGCCCUGACAAAAGCUGGUCUGCCUAAUGUGGUACCUUUGGAGAUCUAUCCAAGGGUAGAGGAGUUUCUAAAACAGAAGUGGUCAGGAAUUACCAUUGGGAAGAUUGACGAAGUGCCAAUACCCAACAUCAGUUGCUGUUCUGUGUGGUGCUCAAGAACAAUCGUUGAUAAAAACUUGAACAAACUGUGGGCUUCCUUUAUUACUUUGUGGAAUCCAUUUGUGCUGUUAAUAUUUUUUCUACUACUAAGCCUAUUCUCAGUUAAAAUGUUAUUUAACAAAGAUUUUUUUGUUUAUCAGAUCAACUUUUCGAUCCUUACUCAAAUUAAUCAAAUGUUUCAAAGUUGUAUAUACAAAACUGCUGCUGCUGCUGUAUACCAUGUACAAGAAGGAGCCAUUUACCUGUACUCGCUUACGAUGGACAUCCUAAUUUACCUUAAGGAAACAGUCAAACUUCAUGUUGCCUCUAUCUGUAAGAUUUUAUUCUAAUUAAUUAAACAGUCAAUACUAUAACAUGUUCUAGUAAUAUUUGUAUGCAAAUAAUUCCCCAAAGAUAACCCUUCAUUUAGGGUUAGCAUAUUCAGUUUCUCUCAAAGGCAUUAGUUUCAAAUCAAUAUUGUAUUGGGUAUGCUGAUGGCAAGCAUGAGAAACAACUGGAGGAAAAACAGCUAAUUCCAAAUGUAUUGAUUGUAAAUAUCCAAUUUGUAUUAGACAAACUGUUAAAGCAUUGUAGUUGAUAAUCACUUUAUAUCCCACCUUACUGUUAACAUGUGUAUCAAUUCUAUCUGUCUUAUAGCAUUUAUACCAACGUACGUUUGGAUUUUCGGAAAUGUGAAUUACACCUUGUUUAGUUACCAAAAAUGCCGUUUUAAAUUUUUACAUACUCCAUAUAUGAUUAAUAGUAUUUUUUUUUUUUUUUUGU